UUCCGGCUAUUUCGGUGGCACCAAAAACGCCAUGGUAUGCAUGAAAAAGGGGAGAGGCAGAGUUUCCUUUUAAAUUUCCAGAGUGUCGUUUACCCCCAUUUUUGGACACCAAAUCAAAUCAAAUGGACACUUUGUUUUCUCUUCAUCCUCGUCUUGGUGUUGGGGUUAUUGCACCUCCUCCAAAACCAUUUUCUUUACACUUUUCUAACCACCUAAAACAACAAACGUACUUUGGCAAAUUAACCUUCACAAAACUUUUCACUUUUCACUUUUCACUAAUCCAAAAUUAACCCUUUGAUCAUCAAUGGGGAUAUUGUAUGCAAUGGUUGCUAGGGGGCAGAUUGUUCUGGCUGAGUUCAACGCCAGCCAAAGCAAUGCUAGUUCUGUAGCCAAACAAAUACUUAGCAAGAUCAAUCAAGGGAGUGAUAACAAUGAUGAUAGCAAUGUUUCCUUUUCUCACGAUCGCUAUGUUUUCCAUGUCAAGAGGACAGAUGGACUCACCGUUCUUUGUAUGGCUGAUGAUGCAUUUGGAAGAAUGGUCCCUUUUGCAUUUCUUGAAGAUAUUCAUAAAAAAUUUGUGAAGACCUAUGGUCGAGCUAUUCUUUCAGCUCCUGCCUAUGCCAUGAAUGAUGAGUUCUCAAGGGUCUUGAACCAACAGAUGGACUAUUACUCCAAUGAUCCUAAUGCUGACAGAUUGAACCGUCUCAAAGGAGAAAUGACUCAGGUGAGAACUGUGAUGAUCGACAACAUUGAGAAAGUGUUGGAGAGAGGUGGGAGGUUGGAGAUGCUGGUGGAGAAAACUUCAGCAAUGAAUAGCAACUCUAUUCGUUUCAAAAGACAGUCCCGCCGUUAUAAAAAUAACAUGUGGUGGAGUAAUGUUAGGCUAAUGGUUGCACUUAUUAUUACUUCCGUCGUUGUCAUUUACAUUAUACUCGCCUUUAUCUGCCAUGGUCCCUUGUUGACUUCGUGCUGGAGAUAAGCUCCCAACAAUUAUCAAUUCUAUUUUACACUAUUUUUUGACCAAUGUACUGGUUAUUAAGUUUAUAAUAAUAUAUUUCUUCAGGAUUUGAAUCCUGAUUGUAAGUAGGAAAAAAAUUAUAUUAAAAAAAUAUUUAUCUUGUAUAUGUUUACGAGAUAUUUGAUUGAGAUUAGUCACUAUUUUAAAUGAUAAAUAUUUUAUGAUUAUGAGAAAAAAAAUUCA